AUGGCAGUAACCUCUUUUAUCUCCCUUCCUAGGGAGAUUCACGACAGAAUCUAUGACUACUACUUCGACAACCUGGACAAGCCAAUGAUUGCCUCUCAACUUCGUGAGACGGAAUCGGAGUGCUGGGUGUUCCCUCCAGAGCAAUGCAGCCUGUUAGAUAUUACUGCAUCUAGCUCCACGAUAGCGGCGGAAGCUCGAACCAGUUGCUUUGGGUCAGACCAUGUUAUGGAUCACCAUAUUCCUUCUAGCAUCCACUUUGUUUACGUCGCAAGCACAGGCACACGCAUUGACAUGCGACCAUACAUUCGCCACGUCUUCUUACAGAUUAAGCUACAUCCACCCAUACCAGAGGAGGCACUGCCAUAUUGCUUGCAGCUCCUCAAUAAUUAUCCCAGCUUAGAGCGCAUAUCAUUCAGUCUUGAAACCUACCUUCGACAAAAGGUCCCAUCACAACAAGGAUUGCAUCACGAUCUAACGACUCUGCUCGAUACCGUCACGGUAUCCGUGAAGGAACGAGGAAUUAAGUCUUGUCAUUGGAAGUUGGAUGCUACUUGCUGGAACCCAAAGAACUCAAAGCGAGCAGAUCACUUCAAGGUGGACGGACCCGUGUCUGAUCUAGAGACACUCAUUGAGACGCUCAGGGAAGGCAAAGCGCCUGGUCAUCAAGUUUUGGGUGCAAGUGAUGGAAAGUCGUCUAAAGCUGAUGAUGAAUAUGUCUCUCGCGACCGAGUGUGCGUUGAUGUUUAUCUGAAGAUUGAUGGCACGGUGUUGUGCAACUUUGGCCGCUAG